UCAUAUAGCUAAGCCAACAAGAAAACCAGAGGGAAUCCAUCUAUAAUUUACAAACUGCUACGAGUUCAAAGUCCUUUACUUGAUAGUCCUAAUAGCUAAGUUAAUUAAUUAUUAGUUUUUUGAAGAGGAAACAAACGUGUUGCGUGAACCGUGAAGUCUCAACUCAAAUCAGAAUCUACAGAGCUUGUUCACCAAGAUGACGUUUUUACGAUAUGUGGCAGUAGCUGUUCUGCUCUGCGUUAGCUGUUCCGGUAACCCACAUCCUCAUUAUAUCAUUGAUUCUGCUCCAUAUGUUCAUCCUCUGUCUGAUGAUUUCAUAGAUUAUAUCAAUUCCAUGCAGACUAUGUGGAAGGCUGGUAGAAAUUUUCAUGAGAAAACACCAAUGAAGUUUAUCGAAGGUUUGAUGGGAGUUCAUCCAGAUGCAAACAAACCUGAAAACAAGUUAGAAGUGAAGAAACAUCUGUUGGGGAAUGAAGGGAUUCCUGAUGCUUUCGACUCUCGAGCUAGAUGGCCAAACUGCCCCACGAUCCGGGAAAUCAGGGACCAGGGAUCUUGCGGCUCUUGCUGGGCGUUUGGUGCAGUAGAGUCUAUGUCCGACCGUCAGUGUAUCCACUCCAACGGCAACAGCUCGUUCCACUACUCUGCCGAGGACUUGGUCUCGUGUUGCCACACCUGCGGGUUCGGCUGCAACGGAGGGUUCCCAGGGAUGGCUUGGCGCUACUGGGUCCAUAGUGGGUUGGUCAGCGGAGGCAGCUACGGGUCCAAUCAGGGAUGCAUUCCCUAUGAGAUCGCUCCUUGUGAACACCAUGUCAACGGAACCAGACCUCCUUGCGCUGAGGGAGGAAAGACUCCCAAAUGUGAGAAGAAGUGUCAGGCCUCUUACAAUGUUGAUUACAAAAAGGACAAGCACUAUGGUCAGAAAGCAUACAGUGUCGAGGGUGAAGAGAAACAAAUCCAAGUUGAAAUUAUGAGGAAUGGACCAGUGGAAGGGGCCUUCUCCGUCUAUGAGGACUUUGUUCAGUACAAAUCAGGAGUAUACAAGCAUGUAGCAGGCAGGAUGUUGGGAGGACAUGCCAUCAGGAUACUUGGCUGGGGCGAGGAGAACGGUAGUCCUUACUGGCUGGUCGCUAACUCUUGGAACUCUGACUGGGGCGACCACGGUUACUUCAAGAUUCUCCGGGGAUCGGAUGAAUGCGGCAUUGAAAGUCAAAUCAACGCUGGCAUUCCCAAAUAGAAAGUGCCAUAACUGAUUAUUGACUGAAGAUUUUGUUCCAAGCUGAUCUUCUGAUGUUUAUUUUUUAUACUAAGUGGGUUACUCGUGGCCAAAUAAUCGUGUUAUUGCAUGUAUAUGUGUCUACCUUGCUGUGAUUAUUUUCAUAUUUUAUCAAGUGUUUUGUAAUUUGAUACACUAUUGUGUGAAUAAACAUAUUACUUUAACAA